AUGAAUAAUAGUUCUUCAGAGCUUGUAAACACAACAAGUAUCUUACCGAAUCUAACAAUCAGUGAAAAAUACUUAUUUGCUACUUCUGCAUAUGCUCAAAUAAUUGCUUGUUUAUGUGCACUGUUGUCAUCCGUGAUUACAUUUCAUCAAAUGUACUUUCACCUCAAAAAUUACACCUGUGUUUCUGAACAACGAUAUAUUAUACGAGUGUUGAUUUUAGUGCCCGCCUAUGCCAUCUAUUCAUUUCUAAGCGUUUUGCUUGCUAUAUAUGCGAUGGUGGACAGUAUAUACAUCGACUUUAUACACGACAUUGCAGAAGCAUUUGCGAUUUACAGUUUUUUAGCUUUGUGUUAUCAGUAUCUUGGAGGGGAAGGUAAUAUUAUGUUAGAGCUUACUGGAAAAACGAUCAAUUUCAGUUUACUUUAUAGUACAUGCUGCUUCGCUGGAAAACCAUACACUAUAUUGUUUCUACGGUUUUGCAAAAUAGCUACUCUUCAGUAUACUUUGAUCAAACCAAUUACUUCAUUCACGUCUAUGAUACUAAUGGCUACAAAGAAGUAUAUCGUUGGUGACUUUGGUCCUACAUCAGGCUAUCUGUAUUUAUUCCUGAUUAACAAUGCCACUGUAACUCUUGCUGUUUAUGGUUUAUUGUUGUUUUAUUUUGCAACUCGGGAGCAAUUGAAACCAUUCUCACCAUUGCUCAAAUUCGCUACCAUUAAAUCGAUCAUCUUUUUUAGUUUUUGGCAAGAUGUAUUAUUCAGUAUUCUAGAAUGGAGUCAUGUUAUAAACAUGACAAGUGGAUAUUCAGCAACGUUAAUUGCUGGUAUCUACAAAAAUUUAUUAAUAUGCAUUGAACUGGUUAUUGUUGCAAUUGCACUACGUUAUUCAUUUCCCUAUAGCAUUUAUGUGUUACACCAUCCACCUCGCCUUGUUUUUGACUUACCUUCAAACGAUUCUUUCUGGUCUAAUGAUGAAUUUCUGUUUGCUACAAAACCGUCUGUGGGUUUUAAAUCAUCGAAAGACUCAACGGUAUUUAAUUCAGUCAAAGACAAUUCAUCACAUUUCACACCGGCAACAUUUGUCAGUUAUGCACCAUCAACAAUAUGUGCUGAACCAUUACCAUGGGAUAUUGUUGAUCCACAAGUGAACAAUGGUGGGUUUGAAAAAACAUGGAAUACGAAGAAUUCAAGUGUAAUUCCAAGUAUAUCUGCAAGUAUCAAGGCAACUAUUGAUCCUACAGAUAUACUUGUUGAUGCAGUUCACAAUUUUCAUCCUACUUAUCGUCAUUAUACUCAGACUCAAAUGGAUGAAGAUAGUUAA